UGGAAGCUUUGAUUUGGAAACGUGGAACUGCAGGCCACCGUCUCUGCUAAAGGUGGCGCAGUCAGUGAAGAAAAGAAACGAUACGCCAUAGAGAAGAAAGGGAUGGGUCAGAAGCUGAGUUGCAGAGGGAGCCAUGAACAUGGACUCUUCCGUGCUGUGCGGCAUGGGGACCUUGAAACUGUUGCAACUUUGUUACAGACACACCCAACUCUUAUGCAUCACACCACUGUCUAUGAUAACCACUCUGCUCUUCAUAUUGCUGCUGCUAAUGGCCAGAUCCAGAUUUUAUCUAGGCUUUUAGAUGGAUCCGUGAAUCCAGAUGUGUUGAAUCACCAAAAGCAGACUCCGCUUAUGUUGGCAGCAAUGCAUGGAAAGAUCGCCUGUGUGGAAAAGCUCCUUGAAGCGGGUUCUAAUGUAUUAAUGUUUGAUGCUCGUUAUGGAAGAACCUGCUUGCACUAUGCUGCCUACUAUGGACAUUCUUCUUGUGUUAAGGCAAUUCUUUCUGCUGCUCAAUCUAGUCCAGUGUCUGUUUCUUGGGAAAAGAAUUCAAUUCCUUGCAGCGGUUUUCGUCGGUUUGUGAAUAUUAGAGAUGGUAAGGGUGCAACACCAUUGGCCUUUGGGAAUGAGAGUUCCGAGGGCAAGUGUUUGUCAUCAUGCAUUAGUGAUAUUUUGAAUUCCUUUGGAGCAUUUGAGUAG